UUGAAUAAAAAAUGUGUGUUCUGUACUUUCUGUCUGUUAAAAGGUCAACAGCCCACCUCCCCCUGGUCACCAAGGUGGGAGGAGCUUGCCUUACUAUCACCGAUGUUGUGUUGCUCUUCUGUCUUCCAGCUGCUUCAUGGAGAACCACACUUUAGGACCAGAUCUCCUCCUCCUGGAGGGGUUACAGGUCACCUCUCAGGCCUCCAUCCUUGCCUUCAUCCUCCUCUUCCUCAUCUAUGUCUUCGUGAUGCUGUCCAACAUCGCCCUGAUGGUCCUCAUCACGCUGGAGCCCAGCCUCCACCAGCCCAUGUACCUGCUCUUCUGUAACCUGGGUGCCAACGAUGCUCUGGGGGUGUCGGCCAUCAUCCCGCGCCUGCUGAGCGACAUGUUGACGUCCAGCCCCCGGCGGCUCAUCUCUUACAGCAGCUGUGCUUUCCAGGCCUUUUGUGCUCACGUGUACGCCAGCGCCUCACACACGGUGCUCAUGAUCAUGGCCUUUGACCGCUACAUGGCGAUCUGCAACCCGCUGCGCUACCCAAGCAUCAUGACGGGCCGGAUGGUGCUGAAGCUGUCGGUGUGGGCCUGGGCCACGGUUCUGCUCAUGGUUCUGGUUCUGGUGGGUCUGAGCGUCCGCCUGUCCCGCUGCAGGGGGUUCAUAGCCAACCCGUUCUGUGACAACGCCUCUUUGUUUAAGCUGUCCUGUGAGGAUGUUAUGAUCAACAACAUCUACGGGCUGGGCUACACCGUGGUUCUGCUCGGCUCGUCCCUUGGGACCAUCACGCUCACCUACCUGCACAUCGCCGUAGUGUGUCUGAGGAGCUGGACCAGGACUGGAACCAGGAACAGUCAGGCCCUACAGACCUGCGCCACACACCUCAUCCUCUACAUCAUCAUGUUCAUGUCAGGCGGCAUCAUCAUCAUUCUCCAUCGUUUUCCUGAGCUGUCAGACUCCAGGAAGAUGGCCUCCAUCAUGUUUCAUGUUGUUCCUCCUGCCAUGAACGCUGUGAUCUAUGGGCUGCAGAUCAAAGCCAUCCGGCAGAAACUCCUCAUCCUGUUCAUCAGGAACCGCUGACAGACAGGAAGUCACCAAACGUUGUUAAGAGGAAAAAUCUAAGGAAAGAAAGUUUGACCCAGAUGCAGAAGAGCUGAAAGCAAAGAUGGUGCAAUCAAAACAAAACACUCAAGAACAUUCAAGCUUCAUUUAUUCCAUAAUUGUCAUUUUUAAUCAAAUGUUUUAGAAGGAGAUUUAAGACCAGGUGAGCUGAAGGCCCGGCCCAUUCUGAAACCCUGGUUCUGAUGGACCCGGGACAGAAUCAGCUGUUAUAGAAUCAGCUUCUGGUCCAUAGACCAGAACAUCAGAUGAUUCAUUUAUUCCAUUCAAAACGUGAAACUUCAUUCAUCACACACACACACACACACACACACACACACACACACACACACACACACACACACACACACACACACACACACGCACGCACGCAGGAAGACGAGUCGAACACCUAUUAUACAUCGAACCUAUCCAGAUGUUUAAAGAUCAAAAACCAACAGGGUUCGCGAGGUCAUAGGUCAUGUUUUAUGAGUAGGAAACUGUGACCUUAGGGGUGUAGACGCUUGUCUCUGAGGAGCUUCCUCAGAGUUCUCCUGACGGCGACUCGGAGUUCAUUGUUUCUCAGACUGUAGAUCAUCGGGUUCAGAAAGGGUGUCGGAGCUGAGUAGAGAACAAAAACGAUGAUGCACACCUGCAGAACAAGACCAGAGAAGGUCAUCAGGUCAUCACUCGGACCUGCAGGAGGAGACCUUUUCUAGGUUGGUUAAGCUCUUCCAGCAGCUGCGUCUCCGAGUCACACAGAAGUGGUUUUACUUUUAUUCUGGCGGUUUCCGGGAGGAAGACGACUCCUCGCUGUAGACAGAACAGGAAGAGCUGCUCAGCUACUCAGGCUGUUUCCACCAUCAGCGUCCAGCGACCUCCACCAAGCAUCAUACGCAGGAAUUUGCCUCCAUUUUAGCCAAAGGGCGCAUCACAUUUUAGAAUCAUAGUGGCGAUUCGCUGUGCUACGCAUGGGCGUCACUAGGAUUGAGAUAUAGGGGGGGCUCAGCCCCAGGAGCUUGACCUUGAACGUUUUUUGUCACACCCUGCAAAAACUUUGUCAAUUAAUUCAUAAUAUGAAGAACAUUUAAUAAAACCUAUUAUUUUAUCACUUUCUUUUCCUUUCCUACCUUUGUGCAUUUUCUCUCUUCUUUUUAUAAAAAAUAACACUUAAUCAGUUCAUUAGUGGGGUCUAUGUUGAAGAAAGAUUUUAUAUAAGUCCAUUAAAAAUUAGAUGUUAUAUUUCCAAAUAAAGCUAUUCAUUUCAGCCUACUGCACUUAACAGGGGGAAAUGUUGUAGUCAUUUAUUUAAUUUGUUUAAUUACAACUUGUUUAAUUAUAAAUGUUACUGAAAUGUGACAAUAAAGAACAAAUGAAUAAUUGUCAAACUUUUAUUCUGCCAAAUGAGUGUGCAGUUGACAGUUUUAUAUGAAUAACACUGCUAUGAUAUGGAAUAAAGGAGUAUAUAAUUAACAAUUACAAGACAAAAUAACAGUAUAUAUGAAAAUACCCAGCAAGUAGUAGAACUUAUAAUACAGAAAGUCAACUAUACAGAUACAACUUGACAUGAGGUUGCAGGCCAGAUGAUAAUUAUAGUUAUUUUUUUCUCAGUGUCUCUUACCUGUUCACUCCUAAAUAGAAAACUGUUCAAUUUUGCUUGGGAACUUUGUGCUCAGGUAAAUGCUCAUAACGGUGCACUCGCCCCUGUUUUCGCUGUAGAUCACUGACCUUGGCCAUGCAGAUCUCCUCAGCAUCAACCACCUGGUCUCUCUCCUGUUCCUCACUCACUCUCUUAAAAAAAUCUUCGUAUAUCCAUCUAGCCAACACAUUGAAAAACAUUUUCAAUUUCUAAUGCCAAAAAAAAUGCUACUAUGCCAUUUAGUUUUCACUCACAAUAAUUGAAACAGCCAUUGGUGGAUAAAUGGGACAGAAUAUGGACAAAUG